AUGAGUGAAAGACAGAAGCUCCCCUUCGACGUUCUCUUCCUGAUCGCUGAGAACUUGACCCUUCGCGACCAGGUGAGCCUUGCCCUGGCAGAUAGGGACCUCCACGCAGCACUGCAGCGGCCCAUCGUCCGGCGAGUGCUCGGGCACGCGGACAAGGAGGUAGCCCGCCGCGUGCUGCGAUUCGCAGUCGUGAACGACAGAGUCGAUCUGCUAGCGACCAUCCUCGAAAUAACCAGCACGCCCCCGCGUACCCCGGAACUCUCUAUCCAGGCGCGGCGCACCCGGACCCGGUGCAUCGGCCAGCAAUGGAGGGACUGGCUGGACUACUCCAGCCAGCAUGGCCGAAGGGCCUUCGGCUGGGGCAUCUACGCCCGUCUCCCGGAGAUGGUCUCGCUGCUGCUCGACGCGACGCGGUAUAGGAGUGGCAGCCUGGCGCUUCUGCUCGACCUGGCCGAGGUCGACAGGCCCGAGCAUUACGGGCAGACCAUGGAGGACUUGUUCAAGGAGACCCCUGGGCAGCCUGGCGACGAAAUGAUCAUGGCGAGAAUCCGGGCCAGCGAACGCGUUCCUCGCGAGGUCAUGUCGGAGGCCGACGUUACCGUACUCCGGGACCUAUCCGCUGCUCCGCGUACGUGGUUGAUGGCUUUUCUUAGACACAAGGUGAUGCAGACGGUCUUCGGGCCCAACCUUGGCUUCUUCAGGGCUAUAAGUCGCUGGGCGUUGAUGCUGUCUGAUGAGUUCGUGAAGCUCCUGGCGGAGAUGAGUAGCUGUCGCAGGCCUGGUGACAGGACACGAGACGAGCUGAUACGGAUCUGCUGCGGGACGAAUCAGGUCAUGCUUGAUACGCUCGCUCGCCGCGGUGUUAGUCCCGCUUUCAUCUGUGCUCUGACAUACAUGUGUCGCUUUGAACCUCACUCUGACGCGGUCCACGAGCUUUGUGUUAGCAGUGAGUCAUCUGAAAGCAAAGCACAGUCUCCAGCAGCCACGAGUUCAGCAGCGACAUGA